ACCCAUACUAAGAUAUAAAAAAAAACCUCAAGUACUUAACAAACAUUCCGCCAAUGAACGGUGAACGGAUUUGGUCUCAAGGGAUUUUUUAUACCAUACAAACUACAAGAGCUUUAAAGAGUCGAGAGGGAGUUGGAUUUCACUCCAAUAAGGGAAGUCGUUGAUAAAACGUGUCGUUACAGAGCAUUUCAAGCAGCUUUGCAUCCGCAUUUGAUCGUAUUUCCAUAGGAAACAUGGCAGAAGGGGUUCAGCUCACCAAAGUGGUCAAGGGAAGAGAAGACGAUUGCGAUGAGGCGGCAUCCACGCCACUCAUGCUACAGUCAGACCGAGCUUACGACUUCGACGAUCUUCUACGUCUCGUUGGCGGGUUCGGUCGCUACCCUGCUUUCCUGUACGCCUUUACGUGUAUUAUGUCAGUGCCCGUCGGGCUCCAACAGCUCAUCCAGGUAUUCUAUGCCGUCACUCCACCGUUUGACUGCAAAGGCUCGCUACCUGUUGCACGUAAUGGUAGCUGUGGUGUUAGCGAGUGUUGUGCGAACUGCACAGAGUACGGGUUUGAUACAAGCGAGUUGACAAGCGCCGUAUCCGAGUGGCAGCUAGUGUGCAGUCGGUCCCAUCUCAAGGCCAUGACCCAAGCCGUGUACAUGGCGGGGUUGCUCGUAGGAUCUGUCACGUUCAGCUCCAUCUCCGAUCACUUCGGCAGACGACUUUCUAUGUUCCUCAGUAUCUUUCUCAUGGCCGCGUGUGGUAUCGUGUCCGGUGUGUCCGAUUGUCUGUCCAUGUUUGCGCUGUUUCGGUUCGGUGCGGGCGCGGCGUGUGCGGGGUGUCUCCUGGCUCGGUACGUGUACUGCGUCGAGCUGGUCGUCAGAAAGCAUCGUACAGCUGCUGGCUUUAUCAGUAACAUGUUCGUCAGUGUUGGGUUUUCCUCCGUCACACUCUUUGUGUAUUUUAUCCAUGAAUGGAGGUAUCAGCUGGUAGCUGUAUCUGCGACUGGACUACCUUUACUCAUCUUUUGGUGGUUCAUCCCGGAAUCGCCUCGCUGGCUUAUUGCUGAGAAUAAGUUGGAUGAGGCGCAUGCGCUGUUGACAAAGUUUGCUGAGAAAAACCGUGUAACCGUGGACUCAAAGCACCUGAUGCACAUGAUUCGAGAGGUAAAAAAGGCCGAUAUCCGAAGUGACGACAACCGGAAAUACGGGAUGCUGGAUUUACUGAGGACCCCGAAACUGAGGAAGAGGACCUUCAUAUGUGGCGUCAACUGGUCUGUUAACGCUCUCGUGUUUUUCGGUCUCAAUCUCAACGUGAAGAAUCUCGGAGGGGAUAUCUAUCUGAACUUUUUCAUUCUCUGUAUCAUCGAGAUCCCAGCAGCUCUUAUCUGCUGGUUCGCCCUCCAAAGGUUUGGACGGCGCAUACCAUAUUGCGUAUUUAUGCUGACCGGUGGAGUCGCAGGCUUACUAGUAUUGGCUGUACCUACUGCAAAAGGGUAUCAGUCGGUGAUAGUGGGACUCGCCAUGAUUGGCAAAAUUUGCAUCGUUAUGACGUUUCUCGCCAUUUAUAUAUUCACCGUCGAGCUUUAUCCUACAGUGAUCAGGAACACGGGUAUCGGCGUGUCGUCCAUGCUCGCUCGUUUUGGUGGAAUUCUUGCGCCGUACAUUGUGCUUUUGGCUGACGUACCGAACGUCAAUAAAAACUUCCCUCUUGUUAUAUUUGGAGUUCUGGCAGUGGCUGCUGGGAUACUAGCCCUCUGGCUCCCAGAGACUCUUUUCUCGCAGAUGAGUCAGACCGUAGAGCAGGCAGAGGCCUGGGACGAGGACUAUAGGAUUUACUGCUUCAAGCGAACUCGCGCAGCAGCAGAACAGAAACUUGAGAUCGAGGCUCAAGAAAGAGACGCUGCACUUAGCAAGGAAGAGGAGAAGACUGAUACGAGCCAGGCUCCUGGUGAUGACGUCCUACGAUGCUGACCCAUGAUGAAUGAUAGAGAAAGUAAAGGAAUACGGUUGACAAAACAAAAGAUGUAAAGACGCUUUAAGGAGACAGCGGAGUGGCGCAUUUUCACAUAGAUUUAUUAACAAAGAAAUAUAAAGCCUAAAACCUUUUAGCAUUUAAACCGCUUAUGCAGGAUAAACCAUGUUCUAAUGUUCUAAGUGCACACAAUUACAUUUAAAUCCUUUUACGUAUUUUUGCUGAAGAACUAAAGCUUGUAUUGUAAUUUCCCCCACCCUCCCUUCCUGAGGGUGACAAGGUGCACCUUUUGCUGCGACUCUGCUUUUGCUGGCCAGCAAUAAAGCAUUAUCAUUCCA